AUGCCCGACUUUUCUCCUAAUAGUAGGAAAGUCAAUGGGUUCGACAAGUCAGAUAAUGCCAAGCAACAAUUCAUGAGAGAGGCGUUGGCAAUUCUAGCACGCAUCGGAUAUCCGGGCCUGAAAGAGGAGGACUUGGGCAGACUGAACGCUCCGGAUGAGUACCAGACGGAACUUGAUGUUAUGGCAGAAGUGCGAGGAUAUUUCCAAGUAGCCUACAAGAGAGUCAUCGACAACGUUCCGUCUCUUAUUGACCUCAAAUUGGUCAACGGCAUCGCGAAGGAUAUUCAAAGCUUUCUUAUCAAGCGUAUGGAGUUGGGGACGCCAGAGGCACGCAAGCGGUGUGAGAUGUUUUUCGCUGAGGAUCCGAGCAUAGUUGCACGACGUCAAGAGCUCCUCACACAGAAGGAGAAGUUAGACAUGGUGAAGGUGAAACUGUAUGACUGUGGGUUUUGA